UGCACGUGUGGAGAGAAGGGCGGGCCUACAGCUUGGCGCGGGCUUUGGAUGUUAGUAACGUUAUCUAGUUAGUGGAGUAAAAUCGACCUAGUUUUAUCAUUAUUUAUUGUGAGAACCGGUCAGUUGCCCGUUAGUCAUAGUUAGAAUAAAGUCCAUGUCGAUCAGCUCAUGGAUAAUGGUUGAUUAAUCUGGAACAAGGGUUAAGGCUAAAAGCUGUUUGUUUACCUCUCAUCUUGCUAUUAAACGAUGUUUACACUAUUGAUGGAAGACAUGGAGGUAGACAUGCAGUUUGGAGCAGGUCCUGUCAUCAUUCCUGACUCUGAGAGCAGCACAGAAGUGGAAGAGGAUGAAGAACCUGUUAGUAGACCUGAAGGAGGAAGCACAGUUCCUAUUACCAGGCCACGGCUUGCAGCAACUCAGAUUGUCAGAAGAAGGAGGGCAAGAGCAGGUCUGCGGUUCCAGUACUCCACACAGACUAUGCGUUUGAACAGAGGCCCUUUAGACUUUCUGCUUCGGGUGUCAACAGGAAGUGACCUAGAUCCUCUAUCGGGCAGCACAGACGAGGUGAGCGACUCUGAGGAGGAAGGACAGAAUACAGAAACCCCGGGUCCAGUACCUGCUGCCGAUGUUACAGCUAUACUGAACACCAGCCAGCCUACUUCUCUGGUCACCCCUCCUCUUCAACAGUCCAGUGCAACAGAGCCUACCGUUUCUGCUGAGGCUGACGGUCCCGAACCUCUAGUUCAGUCUGAAGAGAGGGCUGAUUCGGCACCUGCAGAGGCCACUAAAAGCGCUUCUCUCUCAACCGCUGAGGCCGAGAAUGAUGGAGAGGGAGAGACCUGCUCUAUAUGUUUCGAACCUUGGACCACAUCUGGUGAACAUCGUCUGGCCACGCUGCGAUGUGGCCACUUGUUUGGCUUCACAUGUAUUGACCGCUGGUUGAAGGGCCAAGGAGCUAAAUGCCCUCAGUGCAAUAAGAAGGCCAAGCGUGCUGAUAUAGUGCUGUUGUAUGCUCAUAAACUGAGGGCAGUGGACAACACAGAACAGGAGAGUUUAAAGAGAUCUUUGGAGCAGGAGCAAAGUUUGCGGAGGAAGGCAGAGCUGGAAUCUGCUCAGUGUCGUCUUCAGUUACAGGUUGUAACAGACGAGUGUGGGAAACUCCGCAAAGAGGUUCAGGAGCUCAGGAUGUUAAUGGCACAGACUCCCUCCAGCUCGACUCAGUCUCAGACGUCUGCUCUGUCUCUGUCUCAGAGACUUGAAUCCUCAGGCAGGGGAAGUUAUGUUUUCUCUAAGGCUGUCCUUGUUUCUCUGGCCGGUGGGUGUCGUGUGCUAUCUUACUGCGCGCCCCUCAGUUGCCUGUUGGCUUCUCAGCCCUCCCCUCAUGCCUCUCUGGUCCCUGGCUUUGGGGUGAAAAAAAUCAGCACUGUGAAUCUCAAAGCCAGUCAUUAUGUUCCCAUCCACACUAAACAAAUCAGAGGCCUUGCCUUCAACAGACAGCAAGAUGGCCUUCUGCUUUCGGCUGCCUUUGAUAAUACUAUCAAGCUCACCAGCUUGUUUACAAACACUGUGGUACAGGCCUACAACGCUGGGAAACCUGUGUGGAGCUGCUGUUGGUGCCAUGACAACAACAACUACAUUUAUGCCGGUCUGAGUAACGGCUCAGUGCGAGUGUACGACACACGGGACACCAGCACUCACGUGCAGGAGCUUGCACCUUUUCGUUCCAGUUGUCCAGUCGUAUCCCUGUCCUACCUCCCCCGGGCUGCCUCCAGCUUGUUUCCCUGUGGUGGCCUUAUCGCUGGCUCCCUUGAGGGAGGAUGUUUCUGGGAGCAGGUGGAUGGAACCACGUAUCGACAGCACAUUCUGCCUUUAGAGUCUGGAGGCUGUACAGACAUUCAGGUGGAACCUGAGAGCAGACAUUGCCUGGUCACCUACAGGCCAGGUCGUACCAACCCAUCUCUGCGUUGUGUUCUGAUGGAGCUUAACCGAAGCCCGCAUCAAGACUCUGCCCAGGAUCCUGUCUGUUCCUGUUCUCCUGUCCAGACCUUCACUGCUGGCUCAUCUUCCAAGUUGCUCACAAAGAACGCAGUGUUUAAGAGUCCUGCUAACGACUCCACUCUGGUGUGCGCAGGAGAUGAGGGCUCUAAUUCUACCAUGGUGUGGGAUGCUAGUAGUGGAGCAUUGCUUCAGAAACUUCCUGCAGACAUGCCAGUCAUGGAUAUCUGCCCUUUUGAAACAAACCAAGAACACUACCUGGCUUCUCUUACUGAGAAGAUGAUUAAGAUCUAUAAGUGGGAACAGAGUGGCUCAGAAAGAGUGAGUUUCUUAUAGUAGCCCCUUCGGUUGUGUUUCGGACUCUGAAAAUGUGGUCCGUUUUACUCUUGACGUGAUGUUUCUUUGAAAAUCAGGGCUAUUUUUCGAAGCAUACUUUUGUUAUUUUAAUGUGAUGAUGGGACUUUAAUGUCAGGGCAUGUGACUGUUUCAAUUUGCAUACCAUGGGUAUUGUGAAAUACAUUUCCAUAAAUUAUCCACUGUACUUUUUACAUUAAGGUUUCAUAAAUGGUUUCAAAUCAUCAGUAUAUAUUUGUAUGUCUUGUUGCACUUAAGAUAUACGUUUAGUAACUUUUAAAUUCUUUUUCAUUGUCCCCUGUUCUGUAUAUUCUUGUCCCACUGUUCCAGUUUCAUGGAGACAUCAUUGUUUAAGAAUGCAACAGUGACAUGCCUUUGCAUUUUUCCCCUGUGUUGUGAUGGAAAGUGUAUAUAUGUAAAUGUUUUUAUUGACCUGUGACUGUAUUUCUUAAUAAAUGUAAAUACAACAUUUUAUAGUGGUGAUAUUUUUUUCCCCCAUCACUGUUUGCAGCAUUUCAUUCCUGAAAGAAAUAAAAACAAUGAGUAUCGUGUCUGUUUUCCAGACAGAUAAACUAGACACAUAACCACACACACCUCUUACUAUUA